CUUAAAGUGAGUGUAAGCACCACUACCAUGUCAAUUUACGCGUCAAAUUGUCUCGAACAUGUUCUCCUUCAACACCGCUCUGAUCUCUCUCGCCGCACUUAUAGCAAGGCCCGUCCUUGCUGGUACCACAAUCUGGUCCGGGAGCUUUGACUACUACAACACUUCUGCGGACUUUGAUACAUGGUCAUGGGCCAACCCGGUUGGAGAGUAUCAAUGGUACAUCCAUGGAAGCCAGAACACCAGCCACUACCUGGCCUUAGACCCUUCUUACAAGAACCCGGCCGACACGUCUGAGACGCACGGCCUGAAGCUGACCAUCGACAGCACGUCGACAUGGAACUCGCAGUUUGAGCGCUCUGAGCUCAUUCCUCAAACGAAGGAGAACCUCGGCCAGGGCGAGCUGUUCUACCACUUCUCGAUGAUGCGCUCGGCGACGAACGCUCCCGAUUCCGCUGACGAGCACCAGAUGGUCUUCUUUGAGUCGCACUUCACCGAGAUGAAGUACGGUGUCGCUCCGAACGCGUCCUAUCUCGAAUGGCACAUCCAGAGCCAGCCCCAAUGGGGAGUCGAAUGGGAAGCAGGCACCUGGUACAACUUCGCCUACGACAUCGAUUUUGACGCUGGCACCGUCGGUCUUUGGGCUUCCACCGGUGGCGACGACCUCGUGCGCGUGAUGCCUCAGACUACCGCGUCGACGUCCACAAACUCGGAGGACUGGCAUCUCGGCGUGCUGCGCCUUGUGAACUCGGCUGAGACGGAGGACUUCUACUUCUCUGGCGUGUACAUCGAGAACGGGCCCAUCACUGCUUCCAUCGCUGGCAGCAACAGCACCAGCAGCAGGAAGUAAGCUGCAGAUGUCCAACGUCAGCGAUGGUUUUGAUUUGCGAAGCUACCUUCUUCAUAUUUUGCAUUUUGGGGCACAGCUGCAGUCACUGUUAUUACAUCAUGAAAGCAUAC